GGCCAGAAGAAACAAUCUGUGUCUGCUGGGACAAAAGGAAGGCUAUGGAUCACAAAUACCAGCGUGUGGCCCUCAAUGAUGGGCAUUUCAUGCCUGUCCUGGGAUUUGGCACAGUUGUACCUGAGAAGGUUCCUAUGAGUGAAGCCCUGAAAGCCACAAAACUUGCUAUAGAUGCUGGGUUUCGUCAUAUUGAUUCUGCUUAUUUGUAUCAAGUAGAAGAGGAGGUAGGAUUAGCCAUUAGAAGUAAGAUUGCAGAUGGCACUGUGAAGAGAGAGGAUAUGUUCUAUACUACAAAGCUGUGGCCUACUUUCAGUCGUCCGGAGUUGGUCCGAUUGUCCUUGGAACUGUCAUUAAAAAAGCUUCAAUUGGACUACGUUGACCUUUUUAUCAUCCACUUCCCAAUGCCUUUGCAGCCUGGAGACCAAGUUGUGCCACGUGAUGAAAAUGGAAAACUAUUAUUUGAAACUGUGGAUCUCUGUGAUACAUGGGAGGCCAUGGAGAAGUGUAAGGAUGCGGGGUUGGCCAAGUCCAUUGGAGUGUCCAACUUUAACCGCAGGCAGCUGGAGAUGAUCCUGAACAUGCCAGGACUCAAGCAUAGGCCAGUCUGUAACCAGGUGGAAUGUCAUCCUUACCUCAACCAAAGUAAGCUGUUGGAGUUCUGCAAGGCCAGAGACAUUGUCAUGGUUGCAUAUGCUGCCUUGGGUUCCAACACAGACAAGGAAUGGGUAAACAAGAACAACCCAGUUCUCUUAGAAGACCCAGUACUCAAUAGCAUUGCUCAAAAGCACAGGCGAACCCCAGCCCAGGUGGCCUUGCGCUACCAAUUGCAGCGAGGGUUAUUGGUUCUUGCUAAGAGCUUCAAUGAGAAGAGAAUGCAAGAGAACUUCCAGGUUUUUGACUUCCAGCUGACGCCAGAGGAUAUGCAAACUCUUGAUGGUCUAAACAGAAAUAUCCGCUAUUUUGAAGAUUCUGAGUUUUCUCCUCACCCCAAUUAUCCAUUUUCUGAUGAGGAAUGAACAAAACAUUCUAUGGGUGCUUCAAAGUUCUUUGACUUUAGUUGGUGAGCAGAGAACAACUCAAGAAUAUGAAGCAAGCUGUUUUACUCCAUGCUGCUAAGUCAGCUGAGUUCCUGUAUGAGGAAAUAGAAGUUUCGGAAUCUUGUAUUUUUCUCCAAAUAAAGAUGUAUUCUAAACAAUUCUAGCCCCUUGCAGCUCUGUCAUUUGUUCUUGGAUUUUGGUGUUGUUUUCCUGUUGAAUGAAUCUGAAAUGCCAACAUACCUGGAAGUGAUCACAGGUAAGAUGAAUGUAGA